CCCACUGGUGGUUCUGCUGUAUGGUGGAUGGUCUUAUAUUCUCGAUGGAGUCCAAUCUGCAAUAGACAACAACGUACCUGUGGUUGUAUUGCAGGGGACAGGUGGUGUUGCUGAUGCACUGGCCAAUGUGUUAGAAACCUCCAAGAAAGACAAGAAAAGUUCUUCUGGUGGCAGAGACAAAGAAUGGACGGGCACAGUGAUUGAUGAAGUUUCACGUGACAAAGUAAAGAAGGAGUUUACCAAAGUUCACGCUGAAGGAAAGAAAGUUGGCGAGUACAAAAUCAUGCAGUGUCUACAGAAAAGAGAGCUCAUCACGGUUGUACACAUUGACGAAGAGGAAGAGGAAACCGCGCUGGUUAACGCAGUAAUACAGGCACUGCUAAAAAGUAAAUCCGUCCCUGAAGUACUACGCAUCCUGGACUACUAUAUGCCGGAGAGGCUGUUUGACGGGAAAGGGGCUGCUGCGGAAGCUCACAACGACAUUGAGCAAAAACCGAAACAUCCCAGUGGUAAAGACACAGUAGGAAUGUUCCUGGUUCAAGCGAUGCGGAUGGACCAGGCUGAGAUUGUGCAGUUCAUUAUAGACCAUAACGGUCUGGACCUUACAACAUUCUUCACUGAAGCUGUGUUUUCAAAAUUGUAUGAAGUGACACACUGGUCACAAAGACUGGAAACCGCAUACAGUCUGUUCCCUCUCUCCAGUACUACGUCUUAUCGACCCAAGGAGAAAGUAUUCCAACGUUUAAUGAUAUGGGCUGUGAUGACAAACCGAGUGAAAUGUGCUGCACUGUUCUGGAAGAAAGGAACCGUAAGAUACUUUUCAUACACGAGGGCAAGCAGUGAUUGA